UCCUCCUUAUCUAUGAAUACCUCAGCCUUAGAGAGACACCACAGGAAGGGGCCAGAGAGGCAGAAUGGGUGUGAGGGAGGGGUAGAGGGGAGGGACCAGCUCAGGCCACAGCAGAGGGAGUGGCUACACCUUCCUCACCUCAGAGCCAUGGGGAGCCAGGGUUCUGGUGGGCAGCCCCUGGCACAGGCUCCCUACACAGUUCUGCUGCUGCCACUGGGAACAAGCCGAGAAGACCCUGGGGCCCAGAGCUUUUUUCUUUGGCUGCAGAGGAUGCAGGCUCUGGAGAGAGAGCAGGAUGCCCUGUGGCAGGGCCUGGAGCUGCUGGAACAUGGCCGGGCCUGGUUUGAAGACCAUCUGAGGGAGGCACAGCAACAGCAGCUGCAUCUGGGAGCCCUUGGUGAGAAUUUUCUAACAGAUUUACACUCAGAGCCUGGCGGCCCCCAGUUAGCCCAAAUUCAAAAAGUGAACAUCUGUUUGCAGAAUCUGAUUCAAGGAAAGUUCUCCCCACAUCCAUUGAACAAGGCCAGUUCCUGCACCACCCAGAACUGGAAGGAAGAGCUGUGGAAGCAGAACUUGUGGCAGCAACAGAGGUACCAGCAGGGUUCUUGAUCCAGAAGCUGCUGAUCUCCCCAUGCAUCCGGACUGUGACCUUCUGGAGCAGCCCAUCAACAAUGAACACAAGUGGCUUGCCAGGCACUAUGACAGGCGGUUCCAGGGGAAGAGUCACCUUGGGGGAAUGGACAGGACCAAAAUGUAGGGGAGAAAGUAAGGCAUGGAAUGAGUAGGAACAAAAGAGAAAGGCAGAGACAGAAAGACACCAAGUCACAGGAGGAGAAGGAAUACUAAUGAAGGGCAGUUAUUAUGUUCAACAACAAAGCUGGAGGUGAGAGUUCAGAAUGAGGCAGUCACUACUUGUUUGCCCUUAAAAUAUGGAAGAAGGACUGAGCUGGGAAUAUAGCUCAGUUGGUAGAGUGCACAUGCACAAGGCCCUGGGUUCAAUCUCUAGCACCACCAAAAAAAAAAAAAAGAUGGAAGGACUUUCUGUGACAGCCCUGAGGCACUGGAAGCCAUAUGGAAGGGGGGUUUAUUAAUCUGAAAAGGCAAUGUGGAAAAAAGACAGCCAUGGAUCUAAGAAGGAAAGAAAUUUUCUUGUCCACACUUCUGAAUGAAUGGCAACAAAGCGUAAGUGAGAAGCAGCACCAUACUUCUCAGCCCAGAACAGAGGGCACCAGGCCCUCUGGCAUCUACUUACCAGAGCAGCCAUGCUCUCCCCAACAAUGGCUGCCACAUCCCGAAUGUGCUGGUCUUUGGUGAAGAUCACCUCUCCUCCUGAGGCCAGGGCCACUGCUUCAUAUGGCUCAAAACGCACAGGGGAUAGGACCUCACGCCGAGCUCGACCCUGAACCCUUGAUGGGUCUUCAGUCACCAGGAAUGUCACCUGUGGCCAGAAGACAGUCCAAUGCGUGGGGUGUCCAAGUGCCAUCUGGUAUUAUAAAUAAGGAUCCUUUCUGCUCAGAAUUUCUCCAGUUUUGUUGAUUAGUGAUAAAAUCUUUCUGUCUAUA